CCCCCCUUCUACAACCGCCACGCCUCACGACAUUGAUCACGCUUCGUCACGUUGAUCGCGGACCUUUACGGCAGGAAAAGUGAAAAAGAUUCGGAACUGCGCGCCAUUCUGUGCACAUCUGCCAUACUUGGUCGCAUCAGUACCGCACGUUUUCUGUCAUCGCAUGUCAAGGCCCAACCAGCAACCGUCGAAAGGCAACAGGCCAUAAACGCCGGAUUUUGAUGCUUCCCCCGCGCCCAAAACAGGUUCCGCGCCGCUGGAUAGCGUCUCUCGGCCAAAGCAGCUGUCGCCCAUGCGUUGUCAAUAACAACAUUCGAACCGCUGUCGCCACUGUUGGACGUGGUCGUGGUGCUGUCGGUGUCGGUAGAUAUGUGACCACUCAGACCUCGCUCACUUCCGCCGGGUCUAGACCCUCCAGCGUGCUACUUGCCGUCCCCGCCCGGCCCGUCAUCGACAUCACGCCGUGUUGUCCUCGACUGUUUCAGCUCCAGAUUCGCGGCAAAAAGACCCGGACCGUUGUGCAGUUGAACGAUCUGCCCCUUCCGUCCGUCGUUGAAUCCGCCGUCAAUGGCCCUCUUCUAGUGGUGGAGGAGUCAGUCCAGGAAGAAGGCACCUCGACGGCUCGCCGCAAAAGGAUCAAAAGGACGAUUCUGCAGCUGGAUCAGCUACCCGUGUCCCAGACUACUCUAACCUCGGAUCCGAUCCUGGAUGCUCAGAGAGAUAUAAAUCCAAACGAGGACAUGGACUCUGGUAAGAGUAAACGGGGCAGGCGGAGGAUUGUCAAGUUAGACGAUUCAUCCACUACGCCAGUUGCUAUGCUCGACGAGGCUCUCCUGCCCGUAAAAGAAGCAACAGAAGAGGCAGCCGACGUAGAGCAGAAUGAGCCAUCAACACAGCGUAAAAGAGACAAGACGAGGACCGUCAGGUUGAAGGAGAUCCCUCAGGGCGCCCUCCUUCCCGACGAGUCUUUCCCGCCACGGCAGCAGGAAGACCAAGAACCAGCUUACCCAGCAGUAAUCCAACAGCAUCGCCACAAUAUGCAAAAGUUUGACAACUGCGUGUUGCUGACGCGCGUAGGAGGCUUCUACGAGAUGUACUUUGAGCAUGCGGAGGAGGUCGGCCCGCUUCUGAACCUCAAAGUCUCACAAAAGAAAACGAGCGGCGGCCCUGUCUCAAUGGCUGGGUUUCCUUUCUUCCAACUUGACCGUUACCUUAAAGUCUUAGUCGAAGACCUGAAUCGCCAUGUAGCCAUAGCGGAGGAGUACAGAAAUUCCCCUUCAGAGCAGAUCAAAUCGGGUGGUUUGAUGCACAAUCGCAGAGUUACUCGCAUCGUCACCCCGGGCACUCUGAUCGACGAGAACUUCAUGGACCCGUACGCGAACAACUACAUUAUGGCCAUUCAUCUGCCUUCGGAUUCGUUGGAAGGAAGCUCGAGUUUUCAAGAAGCCUUGAACACCGGAACUGGGCAAAAGAAGGAGUCCCUUGUAGGUUUAGCAUGGCUAGAUUUAUCCACGGGCAACUUCUACACCCAGCAGACGAGCCUCAUAGCCUUGGGCAGUGUCCUCUUGCGGGUAUCUCCGCGAGAAAUAGUCCUCGAUAAGUCCCUUGAGUCUGCCGAAGGUCACGAUAUCUUGUCCGUCCUAAACGAAGAGAGAUAUCCCGUUACUUACUCACCCCAGAGCGAGAAUAUACAAACCCUCAAGGACUGGGCGCCGAUGCUGGACGCAAAAAUACCUACAGAAACAGUAAUCAGGUUCACGGACGAUGAGAUCAAGGCAGGCAAUGUCUUGCUUCACUAUGUUACAGACCGACUUCAAGGCUUGAGCAUGAAGCUUCAGCCGCCAAUACGUCACGACAACAUGCAAAUUAUGACUAUCGACAAGAACAGCAUGCGAUCUCUGGAGAUCAAGAAAACCAUGAGGGAAGGCUUCUUCGCGGGAAGCUUGUUACAUGCCAUCAGAAGGACAGUGACCAAGAGUGGUGCGAGACUGCUUAAUGAGUGGCUCAGCGCCCCUUCAACGUCCCUUUCGGUGAUAAACUCUCGUCUUGAUCUCAUAACCCGCUUCAUCUCGAACCCAGAUCUCAGCGACGCCAUCACGGUCCUCCUCCAUCGCUCCCACGACACUCAGCGUCUCGUCCAAAAAUUCGCCCUCAACCGCGGUGACGCCGACGAUCUCCUCCGGCUCGCCAGCACCAUCAAGGCCACCGAGGACAUCGUCAACCACCUAAAGUCCACCAUGUCCUCCGAAGAUAAUAACCCAGAAGAAGAUGAUUGCCUAACCAAGCUGAUCGACCGCAUAAGCCUCGAGCAACCCCUCAAGCUCGCCAAGCGGAUCUGGGACGCCAUCGACGAGGAAGGGCUCGUCCAGCAACACCAGCUCGAAGAUAGCGAGACGGGCGAGAUGCUUGCUCUCGCGCAGGAAAUCGUCAAGGGCGAAGGGACGGAGGAGGAUGGGCGGGCGCUUUUGCCCAAGGGGGCGACGGCCAAGAGUAAUAGGGCUAGGGCGGAGCUGACCCAAAACCGAAAUCAACAGGAAAAGGAUCUGUCAAAAGACAAUAGGAAAAUGAGUCUGCGAAAUUACUACGGCGAAGACAACCAGGUCUGGAUCAUGAAGCCCAAAGCCAACAGGGCCCUGGCUAAGCUCCACGCGGAACUCAGAUCGCUGCAGGAACAAAAGGAGAAGCUCACCGAGGAGUUCCGCGCAAAGUAUGCGGCGCCGUCGCUUACGCUGAAUUGGAAAGCCGGAUUGGGCCAUGUUUGUGUCGUUCGAGGGAGGGAUGCUCGAUUGGCGAUGGGAGAAACCAGUCGUCGCACCAGAACAUCCAGCAGCAGCAGCAACAGCAUGUCCGACCCCAUCGCUGACACCACCGACGCCGAUGCUGCGGACGCCGAUGGCGAACCCAUCCCCGAACCCGUCCCAGAACCUGAAUCCCUCUCCACCCUCCGCACGCUCUCUACCACCCGGACCACCCGCACCUUCCACCACCCUCUCUGGACGUCCCUCGGCGAAUCCCUCGACCACGUCCGGCUCCGCAUUCGCUCCGAAGAGACGGCUCUCUUCUCCUCUCUCCGCUCCAACGUGGUAACCUUGCUCAUUAAACUCCGUCGCAAUGCGCUCGUCCUCGACGAGCUCGACAUCGCCACCUCGCUGGCCCGGCUGGCGACGGAGCAAAAUCUCGUUCGGCCCAUUCUGCACGAUUCCUCCACUACCAACGGUUCUCAAGGGAUGGGCACGAGGACGGUCAUAGUAGGCGGUCGCCACCCCACCGUCGAACCCUCCCUCCUCUCUCGAGGCAUGACCUUUCAGAAAAACGACUGCCUAAUCGGCUCCCCCGGACAAGGUGCGAUCUGGCUGAUUACAGGACCGAACAUGGCUGGUAAGAGCACGUUUCUGCGACAGAACGCGCUGAUUACCAUCCUGGCGCAGAUGGGGUGUUAUGUCCCUGCCGAUUACGCGGAGCUGGGUAUUGUUGAUGCCAUCUUCAGCAGGGUCGGGUCGGCGGAUAACUUGUAUGCGGACCAGAGCACUUUCAUGGUGGAGAUGAUGGAGACGGCGGCGAUAUUGCGACAGGCGACGCCGAGGAGCUUUGUGAUAAUGGAUGAGAUUGGCAGGGGGACGACACCGGAGGAUGGCACGGCUGUCGCGUUUGCGAGCUUGCAUCAUCUGUUGACGGUGAAUAAGUGUAGGGGGUUAUUUGCGACGCAUUUCCAUGCGGUUGGGGAUAUGCUAAAGGAGCAGGGGUUGGUGGUUGAAGAUGGUGCGAGUAGUGCGGGUGCAAGUUGGGGUGUGGCUAUGUAUUGCACGGAUGUGGAAGAGGACGAGAGCGGCGGAUUUGUCUAUGUGCACAAGUUGCGGAAAGGCAUGAACAGGCAGAGCCAUGCCUUGAAAGUGGCUCGCCUGGCUGGGCUGCCAGAGCCGGCCAUCAAGAUCGCUCAGCAAGUAUUGGCGGUUCAGGGAGUGGUAGCUUAGGAGUUACGGUGAAACAAAAAGGAGUUCAUUCAAAGUCACUGUUGGGAAUUGUGGCACGAGAAUCUGUUUGGCAGUUCAAGGAUUUUAUUGAGAGGGUAUCUGAUAGAAUCUGGAUGUAUCUGGAAAAGUAGAGUUAGCCUCUGGGUACCCCAUGUGUAUGAUAGAUGUGGAGCGAAACAAAAAUCGGG